AUGGAAGCUGUGGUGCGCUUCUUCUCUUCCCCGCGUUUCGCUGUAGCGGGCGCAAGCAACGAUACAAAUAAAUUUGGAUAUAAGAUCCUCGCAUGGUAUCAUCAACAUUCACUACCGGUGACCCCAGUCAAUCCAAGAGUAGCCCAGAUCUCUUUUCCAUCGCGUGCCUAUUAUACAGUACCUUCUGCUGCUGGACUUCCUUCACCCACUCGGACUUCUUUGUCGGUGGUGACACCUCCAUCAGUAACCCUACAGCUACUGCAAGAAGCUCAUAAAAUUGGCAUCCCUGCAGUCUGGUUGCAACCUGGUACCUUCAACGACCAAGUCCUGGAAUUUGCCUAUGGUCACUUUGAGGCUGUGAUUGCGGGUGAUGGAGGGCGGGGCGGCGAAGGCUGGUGUGUACUUGUUGACGGAGAAGAUGGACUCAAAGCUGCAGGAGUUAAGUGGAUAAGUCGACUUUGA